AUGGACUCCCCGCUGGCUCUCAACCGAGCUGCCCUGGACGAAUUUGUCGGCCAGCGAGUAUCUCGCGAGAUGGUGACACACUUGGCCCGACAGGCAUCGCAGGUCAUCCGCUGUGAGCAGGUGACCGUCAGUCACGGGCAGGUCACGCCCCCAUCAACACCACCGCUGGACAAUCUUCCUCCCCUGCCAACCAUUGAGCAGUUCAUUGCCUCGCUGGUCGCCCGUUCGCAGGUCCAGGUGCCCACCCUCAUGAGCUCGCUGGUCUAUCUGGGCCGUCUGCGUGCCCGUCUACCCCCCGUGGCCAAGGGCAUGCGAUGCACCGUUCACCGGAUCUUCCUGGCCUCCCUCAUUCUGGCAGCCAAGAACCUGAACGACUCCAGCCCCAAGAACAAGCACUGGGCUCGGUAUACGGCCGUCAAGGGCUUCGAUGGCUUCGGGUUUUCCAUGCCCGAGGUCAAUCUGAUGGAGCGACAGCUCCUAUUCCUGCUGGACUGGGACACCCGCGUCACAGAGGAGGAUCUGUUGACACACCUGGAGCCCUUCCUGGAGCCGAUCCGGAGCCGGCUCGAAGCACGCGAACAAGCCAGGAAAGCCGAGGAGGACCGGCAACGGAAGCAGCAGCAACACCGCGAAUGGCGCCGUCUCCAUGCAUCGGCCGAUCUGCUCGCCAGCCGGCUUCGUCGCCAGAAAGCCGAUAUCCGCAGCGACGGCCGUCGUGGAUCCGAUAUCUCGACGCGUCGUCUGCCCAGCCAUGUCUCUUGCCCCAGCAUGCAUAGUGCCCACAACAAUUCUUCGCCGACGAACGCGGCUGACGCUGAUCGUUUCAAUCCCUACAUGCGCCACCGCAGCUCGCCCUCCCGGCAAGGCCGCUCCAUCUCGCCGCCGUCGAUCCGUGACGUGCCGGGUCUAUCGCACGCCGAGACGUUCAACUCGCUCUGCUCGCGGUCUUCGAGUCUAGCCCCCAGCUCGCGUGGUACUCCUGCUAGCAUUAGCACCUGCUCCUCGCACGGCACGGACGACGUGAUGGUAACCGACACCAGCAGCAGCCCGGCAUCAUCGCUGAGCUACAGCUAUGUCAACGUCGGGCCGUUGGAAGCCAAGCAGCCCUUGUGUGAGCCGACCCGCCAGCCCAGCAAGAAGAUGAAGCCCAACAGCCACGUCCACGGCGGUGGCUUUGUUGCCCGAUUCCUGGCCUCUGCUACUGGCUCCUACGGCCGGAUUGGCCGUCCUCACUAG